UGUUUGUCCAAGAUAUAACUCCGUAUUCUUUGUGUUCCAGAUAUAGACAGUACAUAUAUUACGUCGGUAUCGUCAACGCCAUCUGCAACAACGUCAUCAUGCGGCUACUGUUGGUGUUCCUGCUCCUCGCGCUGGUGAUGCUGCCUGCCGCCGAGGGAUGGAGACGCAGAAGGCGUGGAUGGCGACGCGUUAAGAGAGUUAUAAAGAGAGUGUAUAGACACUACCGACUGUACAAGGCCAUACGAAGAGGUUACCACUUUUACGGACGUGACGUGGACAACGUCGACGUCGACCUGAAUAAGGAUGGCGUAAUUGACCAAUCAGAAGCCGAAAAGGUUAUUGAUGCGCGUGCAGCAAAGGAACUCCUUCCUCUGGCGGAUGAAGACGGCAAUUCUCAAGUCAGCGUUGAUGAAUUCACCAGGAGCAUGCGUGAGCUGAUGACCUUUGGUUCAGACGCUGCUGCUGAGGAGGAGGACGAUGCCGACAUCAACUCCAGCGAGUAGUGACGUCACUUCACAGCAUCCUGAGCAAAUAAAAUGCAAUGACUGCA